AAGCAAAACCAUGAGAGCUUAUGUUCAAGGUGGACAAUAUCAUACCAUCAUAGAGAGACGUUAUUCCUAACAGGUCUUUUCUUUUCGAUGCAAUUGUUUCACAUAAUAAUACACACACAUAAGUUUCCUUGAUACUUGUUCAUCUCUUCUUAUCCAUAAUUUCGUGACAGUUCCAGCACAUGUCCCCAUUCAAAACUGCGCAAAUCCACCUUGUGAGUUCUCAUCGUGAGGUUUAUGAACCCUGUGAUGAUUCAUUUGCUUUGGUUGAUGCACUUUUAGCUGACCGAGUUAACUUGUUAAAUCAUCACCCAACAUUGUGCUUAGAAGUAGGCUGUGGAAGUGGGUAUGUCAUAACAUCUCUUGCUCUUAUGUUGGGAAAGGAAGCCUCUGGCACUCACUAUAUUGCUACAGACAUCAAUCCUCAUGCAACGAGAGUCACUCAGGAGACACUAGAAGCACAUGGGGUUCAUGCGGAGUUGAUAUCCACUGACAUAGCAUAUGGUUUGGAGAAACGACUGGCUUCAUCUGUUGAUGUGUUGAUUGUGAAUCCACCCUAUGUUCCAACCCCUGAGGAUGAAGUGGGUCUUGAAGGAAUUGCCUCUGCUUGGGCAGGAGGGGAAAAUGGCCGCAGCGUUAUCGAUAGAAUGUUGCCUGUUGCUGAUGCUCUUUUGUCUGACAAAGGCUGGUUGUACAUGGUUUUUCUUGAAGCAAACAAUCCCUCCCAGAUAUGCCUUCAAAUGAGAGAAAAAGGGUAUGCUAGUCGAAUCGUUGUGCAGAGAUCAACUGAAGAAGAGAGUCUUCAUGUUAUCAAGUUUUGGAAGAAUGCUGAUCUUCAAGUUCAUGGAAAAGAUUCAAGUCACAAAACAGGAACAAUUUCAACAUCUUAAUUAGGAACACUUUCAUAAGUUUCUUUUGUUUCCUGAAUGACUUGAGAUUCAUCAGGACAUCCUCUGUCGUUACAAGGAACUAGCCCAUUGUUCGAAAUUCGUGCAUUCUACAGGUGCGUAUUGUUCGAUUUUGUAUAUCAAAUACAUUUGUUUUGACCCUGUUACUGCUUAGAGAUCUUAUAGUAGUCAGUACCCUUACUGUCAAUUGAUGAGUUCGUAGUUCAUAGGAACUUAUAAUUUCAUUGUCAAGAUACUACUGAAACUGAAAAUAUAUGAAUUGGGCUGGCUGAACGUUUUUGAACUGCCAUUGUUGACAAGCUUUACU